CAACCACCGAGUCAGGUUCUUAAAGCGUUGAGCUCCCCAACGUUCCUCUACGCACAAGCUCCCUCCUCCCUUUUUGCCCGUUGGAGACAAUCACUUGCAGACAAAAAGCACCGCUCCAGAACCCUCCGAUUCCGAAUUCCCACCACCCUCACGGCUCUUCUCAGCCGUUAGAUCAGCUUCCCAAAACCCACAACCACUCCCCAGUAAGAUCUUCAACCGCAAGCUUCUUGCUUUCGGUUAAUUAAUGCAAACCCCAUUUCGCAUCUAGACCAAAAAUUCGACUGUUGGAACCUUCCCGUUGGAGUUUAUCUCAAUCCCGCAAUUGCCCUCGUAGUUGCUCGAAACUACGAGAAAUGGGUUCUCUCUGGCUUUCCCUUUCACUCCUCAUCUGCCUCAGCUACUUCUCGCUCUCGGCGGCGGACCCGGUGACUUGCUCCGGGAUAGUGCCCAUGAGGUACCGGAACGACAAGAUUUCGAUAGUGGAUUUUGGUGGCGUCGGCGACGGCGUUACGCUGAACACCAAGGCGUUCCGGGAGGCGAUUUAUCGGAUUCAGCAUUUGAAGAGGAGAGGUGGUACGCUUCUUUACAUACCUCCUGGGGUCUACUUAACAGAGAGCUUCAACCUCACUAGCCACAUGACUCUUUAUUUGGCUAAAGGUGCUGUCAUCAGAGCCACCCAGGACACUAGGAAUUGGCCGCUGAUUGCUCCUUUGCCAUCUUAUGGAAGAGGGAGGGAGCUCCCUGGAGGAAGGUAUAUAAGCUUUAUCCAUGGAGAUGGAGUUCAUGAUGUGGUUAUCACUGGUGAGAACGGAACCAUUGAUGGCCAAGGGGAUGUAUGGUGGAACAUGUGGAGGCAAAGAACUCUUCAGUAUACUAGACCAAAUCUCAUUGAGUUCAUGAACUCGAAAAACAUUAUCAUUUCCAAUGUGAUUUUCCAGAACUCUCCCUUUUGGAACAUUCACCCUGUGUAUUGCAGCAACGUUGUUGUCCGGUAUGUCACAAUAUUGGCUCCAUCUGACUCUCCCAACACCGACGGAGUAGAUCCAGAUUCAAGCUCUAAUGUCUGCAUAGAGGACUCCUACAUAUCCACUGGAGAUGAUCUCGUGGCUGUAAAGAGUGGAUGGGAUGAGUACGGGAUAGCUUACGGUCGCCCAAGUUCUGACAUUACUAUCCGCCGGAUUACAGGAUCAUCCCCAUUUUCUGGAAUUGCAGUCGGAAGCGAAACCUCUGGUGGAGUGGAGAAUGUCCUGGCCGAACACAUAAACCUUCACAAUAUGGGAGUUGGCAUCCACAUCAAAACAAACAUUGGUCGUGGAGGGUUCAUACGAAACAUCACCGUGUCAGACGUGUACAUGGAAAAAGCGCGGAAGGGAAUAAAGAUUGCAGGAGAUGUUGGAGACCACCCGGAUGAAAAAUACAACCCAAACGCUCUCCCAGUCGUGAAGGGCAUCACAUUCAAGGACAUCUGGGGCGUGCAGGUUCAGCAGGCCGGUCUAAUCCUGGGCGUGAAGAACUCCCCUUUCACCGGAAUCUGCCUCUCCAACAUCAACCUCCACGGCGUGACGGGAUCAAGAACGCCGCCAUGGAAGUGCUCGGACGUCAGCGGGGCUGCUCAUCUGGUCAGCCCUUUGCAGUGCUCGGAACUGAGUGCCCAACAAACAGCUUCAUGUACCAACUACUAAAAAGUUAAAUAAGAACUCUUCCUCUCUGUUCCCCUAAGCCCAAGAAUUCAGCUCUGUAAUUUUUGUUUGUUUGUUUGUUAUUUUUCGCUAUCCAAAAAUACUAUUUCUUAUAUUUGGGAAAAUGAAUGAAAUGAUGAUUUACAAAUCUCAAA